CAGUGUUCCUGCUGGUGUGAGUGAGAGAGUGAGAGACAGUGAGUGAGAGACAGUGAGUGAGAGAUAGUGAGAGAGGAGUAGCAUCAUGGCGGAGACACGAGUCAGAAGAGUUAUACCUGAAGAUCUUUCUAAUGUUGAGUUUGAGACGAGUGAGGAGGUGCAGGUUGUACCGACCUUCGACAGUAUGGGUCUGAGGGAGGACCUUCUCAGGGGCAUAUAUGCUUAUGGAUUUGAGAAGCCAUCUGCCAUCCAACAGCGUGCUAUUCGUCCCAUUAUAAAAGGCCGUGACGUAAUAGCUCAGGCUCAGUCUGGUACAGGAAAAACAGCAACAUUCUCCAUAUCCAUCCUUCAGAGUUUGGAUAUUAAUGUUCGUGAGACCCAAGUCCUUACUCUGUCACCCACAAGGGAGUUGGCUGUUCAGAUUCAGAAAGUUGUGCUUGCUCUUGGAGAUUACAUGAGUGUACAGUGUCAUGCAUGCAUCGGAGGAACAAACCUUGGAGAAGAUAUUCGCAAGUUGGACUAUGGGCAGCACGUUGUUUCUGGUACUCCAGGCAGAGUGUUUGACAUGAUCAGACGGCGUACACUCAGAACACGGUCUAUAAAGAUGUUGGUUUUAGAUGAAGCAGAUGAGAUGCUUAAUAAAGGGUUUAAGGAGCAAAUAUAUGAUGUAUACCGCUACCUUCCUCCUGCUACUCAAGUGGUCCUCAUAUCUGCAACAUUACCACAUGAAAUUUUGGAAAUGACAUCAAAGUUCAUGACAGACCCCAUCCGCAUUCUGGUAAAACGUGAUGAAUUGACACUAGAAGGUAUUAAGCAGUUCUUUGUUGCAGUCGAACGUGAGGAAUGGAAGUUUGACACACUGUGUGACUUGUAUGACACACUCACCAUCACACAGGCUGUUAUCUUCUGUAACACAAAGCGUAAGGUGGACUGGCUGACAGAGAAAAUGAGAGAAGCAAACUUCACAGUGUCAUCAAUGCAUGGUGAUAUGCCACAGAAAGAGAGGGAUGCUAUUAUGAAGGAAUUCCGUUCAGGCCAGUCGAGAGUCCUCAUCACAACUGACAUCUGGGCACGUGGCAUUGAUGUACAGCAGGUUUCCUUAGUGAUUAACUAUGAUCUGCCAAAUAACCGUGAGUUGUACAUCCAUCGUAUUGGUCGGUCUGGGAGAUUUGGCCGUAAAGGUGUUGCUAUCAACUUUGUCAAGAAUGAUGACAUUCGUAUUUUACGCGACAUUGAACAGUACUAUUCAACACAAAUUGAUGAAAUGCCCAUGAAUGUUGCUGAUCUGAUUUAACUGAAAGAUGGACAAGUGCUUAUAUGGGUUUGUCAUAUUAUGCUCUUAAUUGUUCAUUCUUGUUCAGUUGAGGGUUAAUGUUUGUGAAUAAUGUUAGCAGUAGCUGCCCUCAGUCGGAUGAAUGGUGUAACGAAGAUCAGUUAGCAUUGUCUAGGGUUUUAUAUUGUAUGAAAAAAUGAAGUUACCAUGCUACUCAUUUAUCAUUGCAAGUGUACUGUUUAGAAUUUAUUUUAAAUAUUUAUUUUAGAUUUAGUCUUGUGUUUCAUAUACAAUAUCAGUCCAACUUUGUGGAAGUUUGUAAUAAUGUUCUUUGUUUUGCCACUUUUAUAACAUGCUUUAUGAGAAAUACUUUCAGAACAUUUCAUGUACUGUACUGUGCACCAAUUUUACUGUAUUCCUUAUAUUUUUGGAAAGUGUACUAUUUAAUUUUGUUACUAGUCUUAUAAUAAAACAAUACACCAGAA